GAGCGCCCGGGCGGGGCGGGGCGUGUUUAUAUCCGGCCGGGGCUCUGAGGUCGCCUGGCGGGGGUCCGGGCCGUCCGCGCCAUGGAUACGUGCGACCUGUUCUCCAGCUGCAGGAAGGGGGACGUGGGCCGAGUGCGGUAUCUGCUAGAGCAGCGUGACGUGGAGGUGAACGUGCGGGACAAGUGGGACAGCACCCCGCUGUACUAUGCCUGCCUCUGUGGCCAUGAGGAACUUGUGCUCUACCUGCUGGCCAAUGGAGCCCGCUGUGAGGCCAACACCUUUGAUGGUGAGCGCUGCCUCUAUGGAGCGCAGAGUGAUGCCAUUCGCCGGGCCUUGCGUGAGUACAAGCAGGUGACGUCCUGCAGGAGGCGGGAUCACUACUACAGCUUCCUGCUCCGGCUUCUGGAGCAGGGCAUCCACAGUGACGUGGUCUUCAUGGUGCAUGGGAGGUCUUUCCGGGCUCACCGCUGCAUCCUGGGUGCUCGCAGUGCCUACUUCGCCAACAUGCUGGACACCAAGUGGAAGGGCAAGAGUGUUGUGGUCCUUCGGCACCCCCUGAUCAACCCUGUGGCCUUCGGCGCCCUGCUGCAGUACCUGUACACAGGCUGCCUGGAUGUCAGUGUGGAGCAUGUCAGCGACUGUGAGCGCCUGGCCAAGCAGUGCCAGCUGUGGGACCUGCUAGGUGACCUGGAGGCCAAGUUGGCCUCCAAGCCAGGCACGUGCGUGAAGGUGCUGACCAUCGAGCCCCCGCAGGCAGACUUACGGCUGCGGGAGGACCUGGCCCUGCUGGCGGACUGUGCCCUGCCCACUGAGCUCCGGGGUGAUCUCUGGGAGCUGCCCUUCCCUUGCGAUGGCUUCAAUGGCUGUCCUGACGUCUGCUUCCGAGUGGAGGGUUAUAACUUCCUCUGUCACAAGGCCUUCUUCUGCGGCCGCAGUGACUACUUCCGGGCCCUGCUGGAUGACCACUUCCAGGAGAAUGAGCAGCUGGAGGCCCAGGGCAGCCUCCUGGCCAUCACCCUGCACGGCAUCUCACCUGAUGUGUUCACCCACGUGCUGUACUAUGUCUACAGUGACCACACGGAGCUGCCACCUGAGGUGGCCUAUGAUGUGCUGAGCAUGGCUGACAUGUACCUGUUGCCAGGCCUGAAGCAGUUGUGUGGCCGCAGCCUGGCGCAGCUGCUGGAUGAGGACAGUGUGGUGGGUGUGUGGCGUGUGGCCAAGCUAUUCCGCCUGGCACGGCUGGAGGACCAGUGCACUGAGUACAUGGCCAAGGUCAUCGAGAAGAGCCUACCUGGCGCACCACUGUCUCUUCCUGCUCCGAGAUUAGGCAAACUGUGUCACCCACCCUGGUUCUGGGGGCAGCUGCAGGGCUGCACAGCACCUGCCAAAGGACAGGCCCUCAGCAGGAGUGCCUAUAGUCCAUGGAUGUGCUCAGGAUGAAGGGUCAGCCCAGGAAGGACUCUGCCCACGUGCCACCCACCAGGCUCAGGACGUAAGGAGAGCAAGGGCCUGGGGAGCAGACCAUCUUUCAGGGCUACAUCCACCCAGCGGCCUCCACAUGGGAGCAGGGCCACCUCUGCCCAAAUGAUGGAAAAUUCAUCAGAAGUCAUCGUAGGAGAGCGGGCAAGGUGGUGGAGCAGAAAGGUCUGAACUCAUAUCCUCCAGGAGCUCCCCUCCUCCAUAAUCUCACCUCCUCCGAGAGCACACUCAAACUACAACUACCUGCAGAACAAACAUCAAGGAAAAGGCCAGAAACCUUCUAGAAACUAAAAACAAAAAGAAGUGAGCCAGGAGGGAGAGGGUCAGGGCACAACCUUACACAGCCAUUGAGAAAACUCAGGUUAGAAUCAAGCAGGGCCAAGGUGGAGAAGGUUCCACCUCCCAUCGACCUUGAACCUCAACAAACACUCACUGUGAUGCACCAAACCACAGGCCCACAGGUGCCAGGACCUUCCCAGGCAGACCAUACAAGACCAAAAAGUGGCGGUGGCCCGAUUCCUGGAAACCCCACCUCUUUGCCCAAAUAGCUGGAAUGAUGGUCCCACGUAUUAGCCUGUGAAAUUACCCAGACCAUAAACACCCGGGUCUGCACUCACUUGGCCCCACAUCCACCUGGGGACUGUGCAUCCCUAACAAGCGCAUGCUCACAUUGCACGACUCGCUCCUGAACCCCUUCCCGUGCGAAGCUAGGCCCUCACCUGGGCCAUCCCCAGGGACACAGGGACAUCCAGGACAGGACCAUCCUCUCGCCCCUCCUCCUACAACAGGAGGAACCAGGUGGAUGGUGUGGGGGCAACCUCGUGAUACAACCAAGCCCCAGUGACGACCAGAGACUGGAGAACAUUAGCCUGCGGGGUGACAACUCUGGGCUUACGUCGGGCCCCCAGUCCGGGGUCCUGCAGGGAAGACCAGCCCCCGGGGCAGAACAGGAAACAGACUCCUUCCCUGAAGGUCACACAAAGCCCCAGGUGCCCGGGGCCCAGGUCAGAAGCUGUCACUCCUCAGGAGCAUGGACCAAACCCACCUGCUGUCCUGAGAGGUUCCCAGGGAGUGGGGGCUCACCCUGGGGACACAGACCUGGCCUCCAUCCUUCCACCCCACCAAAGGUAGCACCAGCGGCCCCUACCCGUGGGCAGGCUAACACAAGCUGUUAUGCUGGCCUCAACCACCAGGGGGCAGACACCAGAAGCAAGAAAACCAGAUCCCACAAUAGGCCAGACCCUGCCCUGAGGCCAAGGUCCUGCCUACCCAAAAGCCAACAGGACCAUCCAGACACCCUGGACCCCACAUCCCCCACCAGCAACUGAAACAAGCUCUGGGGUCCCUGGGCCCUUCAGGCAGACUCCAGGAUCCAGCCCUACCUGCCAGUGGUCCAGCUCUAACGCCAGGACUGAACUUUACCUGCCAGCUGGGGGGCAGCAGCCCAGUCUGGGGGAUCCUGGCUCCACCCACCAGUGAGCCAGCACUAGCCCCAGGGUUCUGCUGGGGUCCUGCAGCUCCCUUGUGACCAGGUCCCAAUAACUAGCAGCAUCUGCACAAGACAGAGGCUGGCAACCAACAGACCAGGACCAACCAAGCCCAGCAGACUACCUACAGAGCCAGCCCCCCACAGCAGAAGGACAAAGCAGCCCUCUUGACCAGGACUCUAGAGCAUGUGGCUUGGGUGACAAGAGUGGAGGGCACUGCUGGGACACAUGGGACCCUCCUACAGAGCCCACUUCUCCAAGGACGAGAAACAUAACCCACUGAGCACAAAUACCAACAGCAAUGUAGACAAAAUGAGGCCAAAAAGAGGAAUGCGUUCCAGAUAAAGGAACAAGUAAAAUCCCAGAAGAACUAAGUGACAUGGAGACAGGCAAUAUACCUGAGAGUUCAGGGCUGUGAUGGAGAAGAUGGUCCAUGAACUCAGGAGGAGGAUGGAUGCACAAAGUGACUGAGAAUGUCGAUUCAGCAACAGUAAAGCAUUCAACCCAGUGGGCCUUUUGAGGUGAGGCCCUGUUAGGCGUGCACAUCAUGGAGUGGGCUCUGUGCCCACAAGCCAGGUGCCAAGCUCAGCCCCUCUCCUCUGUCUCCCUGGACAGGUAUUUAUCAGGGACCCCUGGAAACCAGACAGAAGUCUGAUGGAGGACCUACCUCCUGCAGCUCAGCUGUGGGGAGCAGAGCUACCUAGGGUCCACAGAACACCGUUGCAGCAGACGGCACUGACCAUGUUGCUGAGGGGGAGGCAGGGUGACUAGACAGGGUGGUCAAAGAGGCUCCACUGAGUGGCUGGCGUGGCGGCCAGUGGACAAGGGAGGAAGGGGGAGUGAAGGUGGGGGCCACGGGCUGUGCCUGAUCUGAGUGAGAUGGACCAUGGGAGGGGCCACCAGGCAACCCAGUGAACACCCCCUCCAGCCGCUGUGCGGGAAAAGGCUGACACAAGCAGGGAAACCAGGUGCCCUGAGGAGGCUGCUGUGGCCACGGGGCACGAGGGAAGCAGAGCCCUGGUGCCAUGGUGGCCAGUGGUGUACACGCUUUGGAGGUGGGGCCAACAGGACCUGCUGCUGGGACAGAGCAGUCAGGAGGGUGUCCAGAGCCCAGCCCAAGCCGUGGGAGAGCAGGGGCCCCACAUUGGGUGGAGAUGGUGGAGGUGGGGCCACAUGCAGGGGAGGAUCAGAGCUGGUUUCUGGAUCUGUGGCAAGUCCACAUGGGAGUCUGUGAGAAUGCCGGUGUGGGGCCUGCUCCGUGGGGGAGAGAGCCACAUCCACACACCCGUGGGUAUCCUGUGAGUACUGGGCAGCCAGCCCAAACAUAUCCCACUGUGGCCUCACAAAAGGCCACUGGUCUCUCCUCAGGGGAUGUUAUAUAGUCAGAUCAGACAGACAGGCAGACAACACCAUCAGAAAACAUCUGGUUUAUUAGAACUAGAUGUGGCGUGUGCUGGUCCUUAAGUGGUCUAAGCUGAUACAAGCGUCCUACACAUAGCAUGUGGCUGGGCUGCAGUGGCGGUAACAAAAUCCUUGUGAUCCUAAUGGUUUUACGUUAAUAAUUUGUGAGGGAAAGAAAAGGGAGGGUGGGGCCCUGCAGGGGGCUUCCAGGACUGAGGAAAAGCUGUGGUCACCAGUGCCCACCCAACCUCCACCGCUGGAAAGCAACCCCGGUGGGAUAGAGCCUCCAGUGGCUGCAGGCAGCAUCUUUUCCUACAAAGAUGUUCAGGCAUGAAACCAUUUCUGCGUGCCCAGCAGGGCCUCUGAGUUACAGGGUGGUGUGGAGCUCACAGGUGGGCCUGGAACCAGGGGCCCCAUCAGCACAUCUGUCCACCCAGGUGCAAUUUGGCAGUGUGCAACCACCAUAACUGCGUGUCCAGGGCCCCUCCCUGGCCUCUGUCCUCUCUUCAUCUCGAGGCCAGGCUGUGCGUGACCGGCUUCCUUCCCAAACCCAGAUUCCCUGCACCACGGCGCAGGCAGGGCCCUGACGCUCACACAGACAACCACAUGCUGGCAGGUAGCAGCUGACCAGCAUGGAGCCGCCAUCAUUGAGGAUGACCUCAAUUCUAGAUUCGCUGGGCAGCAAGGAUGGGAAGGUGUGGCUUCCAGACGCAUGGCAGCCGCCAGACUGUGCCCCCUGCCCGACCCCAGGCUAGGAAACAGUCCUGUUCAAAUAACAUUCCUUUUCAAUAUAGGCAAUUCUUUAACCAGAUCUGUAAAUGCAACUAAGUCUCUGUAAGGGCUUCC